UAUUACAAAAUGAGAUCUCAUCUAAUCAUACAUCAUUUGAAAGGGCGUCAGGAGUACUCAAACUUUAUAUAAAUACCUUUGGUCUGAGAUCACUCUUUGUUUGCGUAUGUAUUAAUUUUUGUCAAGCCUCAAAACUUAUGAAACACCCUGUAUAUAAUUUCAUCUAAUGAAUCUUGUAAUCAGCACUUUUACAUGUCUAUCAUCAUAUUAACUCUUUCGACUAAUUGAAUUUUCAGAAAAACUACACAUGUUCGUUUAUAUAUAUAUAUAUAUAUAUAAGAAAUAAAGAUAUUGAAAUAAAUAGAUAAUGGACAGAUAUCUGCUAAUUUAUUUAAUCAAUAAUUAUAAAGUCCAUUAAAUAUUUUUUUCUCAAAUAAUCAAAAGAAUCUUCUUUUGCUCAUUGUCAUAUAGCACGUUGUUUAUUUAUUUAAUUCUAGAUAUAAAACAAAUAACCCUAUUAAUACAUCAUAUAAUAAUAAACUAAUGAAAUCAGUUUUUGAACAUUUAUCAAAUGAAAUUAUUUUUGAAGUAUUUGAAUAUCUCGAUCUUUAUCAUGUUUAUUAUGGUUUUUUUUCUCUUAAUAAACGAUUUAAAUAUUUACUUGUUGAUUCAAAUAUUCUAAUAAAAAUCAAUACUCUAGCAAUAUCAAAAUCAAAAUUCGAACAUUAUUAUCAAAAUAUUAUUAAUCCAAAUAAAAAUCGAAUAAAUAUUCUUCGUUUAUCAAAUCAAUUUACUGUUGAUAUUGUUUUUUCACCACCACAUAUAAUUUCAGAAUUUAUUCAACUUGAAAAAUUAAUUCUUGAUAAUAUUAAUAUGAAUAAUUUAUAUGAAAUUUUUCAAGAAUUAAUGUCUUUAUUUAAUUUACGUUCAUUAACUCUUAAUAUAGCUGAAUAUGUAGAUAGUUCAAUUGAUAUUUUUUCAAAAUUAUUUCUUCUACCAAAAUUAAAAUAUUGUUAUAUAAAAUAUCAAAUCAAAAGUGAUUAUAGUCCAUUAUCUAAUUAUUUAAAUAUUAGUUCAAUUGAACAUCUAAUCAUUAACGCACGAUUUCCAUAUAAUGAAUUAUACAAGUUAAUGGAUUGUAUACCAAAAAUUCGUUAUCUAUCAAUUAAUUAUAUUAUUCGUUCUUCUCCAAAUAAUUAUAAUGAAUCAUAUCCUGUUCAAUUAUCAAAAAAUUUUAAAAAAGUUUCAUUUUCACUUGAUUUAAUUCAACUAGAUCAAUUUGAAAAAAUUAUAAAAAAUUUCUUUGGUAAUGUUGAAGUUUUAACAAUUUCAACAAAUUAUGAUGAAGCAUAUUUAGAUGCAAAUAGAUGGGAACAUAUGAUAUCAUGUUAUAUGCCUCAUUUACGUAUUUUUGACAUUAAACAUGAUGGUUGUGCAUCAAAAAGUACAUCAACAUAA